GGUGUAACAGCACAGAGGAGUGAGAGAAGGCUGCACUGUGACAACGUACUGGGCUGGGACUGCAGAUGUUCUGUGCAAUUCCCUAACACUCCGGGCAAGUUCAAUUCACGCAUUUUCAGGAGACUCAUGAUUUUUUUCUUUCCAGCGGCUAAAGAAGGAUCGGAAAAUCUACAUGCGGUGUCGGUUGUUAUUAAAGCGACGUUUCAGCCAGCAGCUGCGAUGCCGCCAUGUUGAAGCGAAGUAUUAGUGAGUGACUGGUUGGGACUCAACUGACAAGCGAGCGGAGCAGAGAGACUGAGGGGAGGGGGCUGCUGCUGUAGCUGGUGACGCAGGAAAAACACCUAAGAGCAGACAAAAAACGGGGAAGAAGAUCGUUUUAAUAGACUGGUCACAUGCAAGAAAGCUUUGUAUGAGAUACAUGGAAGAAUUUCUGGAAUAAUUAGUGAACAGAGAGGAAGUCAAUUCCUGCUAGCCAGCUGGACACACUGCUGUUUGUCUUCUAGAAGUCUCUGCUGAAACACUACUGGAAGCAGUCUUGGGGUCUUUAAGUCUUAUAUCUGUGGGAUUAAAUGCAACACAUGACAUUGCUGUCAACCUUGUGUCUUACUAUUCCAGGUUAUGCAAUGGUCUCUGCAAAACAUCUUGUGCUCCAGGUGGUGCUCUCACACACAGACGCGUGCUGGUUCUCUCUCGUGGUUGACGAGGUGUUGAUUUCCUCCCUCGUCAUAACGACAUAAGCGGACAAAAUUGCAAAGGUCUGCCCUGUGUCGAGCAUGACUGCCACCACCCGCGGCUCUCCCGUGGGGGGCAAUGACAGCCAGGGCCAAGCUCCGGAUGGCCAGUCUCAGCCCCCACUACCCCAGAACCAGACAUCGUCCCCCAGCUCCUCGAAUGAGAACUCCCCCAUGAGCCCUCCAGAUGAGCAGGGCCAGGGGGACUCGCCCCCGCAGGCGGAAGAGGAGGAACCUGCCUUCCCCCACACGGACCUGGCCAAGCUAGAUGACAUGAUCAACCGGCCUCGCUGGGUGGUUCCAGUUUUACCAAAGGGCGAGUUGGAGGUUCUUCUUGAGGCUGCUAUAGAUCUCUGUAAAAAAGGACUGGAUGUCAAGUGUGAAGCAUGUCAGAGGUUUUUUCGGGAUGGCUUGACAAUUUCCUUCACGAAAAUUCUCACCGACGAGGCAGUGAGCGGCUGGAAAUUUGAGAUUCACAGGUGUAUUAUAAACAACACUCACCGCCUGGUGGAGCUUUGUGUGGCCAAGCUCUCUCAGGACUGGUUCCCACUGCUUGAGCUGCUGGCCAUGGCAUUGAACCCCCACUGCAAGUUCCACAUCUACAAUGGCACACGACCGUCUGAGACCGUGCCAGCAGGGGUGCAGCUGCCUGAGGAUGAGCUCUGCGCCCGUCCUCCAGACCCACGUUCUCCCAAGGGCUGGCUGGUGGAUUUAAUAAACAAAUUUGGCACGUUAAACGGGUUUCAAACACUGCAUGAUCGCUUUAUGAGCGGCCAAGCCUUGAAUGUUCAGGUCAUCGCAGCGCUUAUUAAGCCUUUCGGGCAGUGUUAUGAGUUUCUUACGUUGCACACGCUGAAGAAGUACUUUCUUCCAGUUAUAGAAAUGGUUCCACAGUUUCUAGAAAACCUCACUGAUGAGGAGUUGAAAAAGGAAGCCAAGAAUGAAGCCAAAAAUGAUGCAUUGUCAAUGAUAAUCAAGUCGUUGAAGAACCUCGCUUCACGGGUACCGGGGCAAGAGGAGACCGUAAAAAACUUAGAGAUUUUUAGGUUAAAAAUGAUUCUUAGGUUAUUACAAAUUUCUUCCUUCAAUGGCAAAAUGAAUGCACUAAAUGAAGUCAACAAGGUGAUAUCGAGUGUCUCCUAUUACACCCACCGGCACGGCAGUCCUGAAGAAGAGGAGUGGCUCACGGCUGAACGCAUGGCAGAAUGGAUCCAGCAGAACCACAUCCUGUCCAUUGUGCUCAGAGACAGCCUCCACCAGCCACAGUAUGUGGAGAAACUGGAGAAGAUCCUCCGCUUUGUCAUUAAGGAGAAGGCUUUGACACUCCAAGACCUGGACAACAUCUGGGCAGCUCAGGCUGGAAAGCAUGAAGCUAUUGUCAAGAAUAUGCAUGAUCUCCUGGCAAAGCUGGCCUGGGAUUUUUCUCCCGAGCAGCUUGAUCAUCUCUUUGAUUGUUUCAAGGCAAGUUGGACAAAUGCCAGCAAAAAGCAGCGAGAGAAGUUGCUGGAGCUGAUACGUCGCCUUGCUGAGGAUGAUAAGGAUGGAGUGAUGGCCCACAAGGUGUUAAACUUACUGUGGAACCUGGCCCACAGCGACGAUGUCCCUGUGGACAUCAUGGACCAGGCACUGAGUGCCCACAUCAAGAUCCUGGACUACAGCUGCUCACAAGACAGGGACACACAGAAAAUCCAGUGGAUAGAUCGCUUCAUUGAAGAGCUGAGAACCAACCACAAAUGGGUGAUUCCUGCACUGAAGCAAAUCCGGGAAAUCUGCAGCUUAUUUGGGGAGGCUCCGCAGAACCUAAGAAAGAAAAUACCUUUUAACAUAGAAAAGAACUUAGUGGGUCAGACACAGAGGAGUCCCCAUGCAUUUUAUCGGCAUGACCUGAUUAACCAGCUGCAGAACAACCACGCGCUGGUCACCCUGGUGGCUGAAAACCUGUCGGCCUACAUGGAAGGCAUGAGGCAGUUUGCGAAAGCUGAAGAACAUGAGCACUUGGACUACGACCCGCAGACAGUGCGCUCAUGCAGCCGCUACAGCCAUGUGCAGGAGGUCCAGGAAAGACUCAACUUCUUGAGGUUUCUGCUGAAGGAUGGGCAGUUGUGGCUGUGUGCACCUCAAGCCAAGCAGAUCUGGAAAUGCCUGGCAGAGAACGCGGUGUUCCUGUGCGACCGCGAGGCCUGCUUCAAAUGGUACUCCAAGCUGAUGGGGGACGAGCCGGAUCUGGACCCGGACAUUAACAAAGACUUUUUCGAAAACAACGUUCUACAACUGGACCCGUCGCUUCUGACGGAAAACGGCAUGAAGUGUUUCGAGCGCUUUUUCAAGGCGGUGAAUUGCAGGGAAGGGAAGCUGGUGGCCAAGCGGAGAGCCUACAUGAUGGACGACCUGGAACUGAUCGGGCUGGAUUACCUGUGGAGGGUGGUGAUACAAGGAAGUGAUGACAUUGCCAGUAGAGCAAUAGACUUACUGAAAGAGAUUUAUACAAACCUUGGGCCAAAACUGCAAGUCAACCAGGUUGAGAUUCAUGAAGACUUCAUCCAGUCUUGUUUCGACCGGUUGAAAGCCUCCUAUGACACCCUGUGUGUUCUGGAUGGGGACAAAGACAGCAUUAAUUGUGCCAGGCAAGAGGCCAUCCGCAUGGUGAGAGUGUUAACAGUCCUGAGAGAGUACAUCAAUGAGUGUGACAGUGACUACCAUGAAGAGAGGAGCAUACUGCCAAUGUCAAGGGCAUUUCGAGGGAAGCACAUCACGCUCAUCGUGCGGUUCCCCAACCAAGGCCGGCAGGUGGAUGACCUAGAUAUCUGGUCUCACACAAACGACACGAUUGGUUCUGUGCGGCGCUGCAUCUUGACCCGGAUAAAGGCCAACAGCGCUCACACAAAAAUUGAACUCUUCAUCGGAGGAGAAAUGGUGGAUCCUGCUGAUGACAAGAAGUUAAUUGGACAGCUCAACCUCAAGGACAAAACGCUGAUCACAGCCAAGCUCACCCAGAUUAGUUCAAAUAUGCCUUCAAGUCCUGACAGCUCUUCUGAUUCUUCAACUGGGUCCCCUGGAAACCAUGGGAAUCACUAUAGUGAUGGACCCAACCCUGAGGUGGAAAGUUGUCUUCCAGGCGUGAUUAUGUCCCUGCAUCUGCGCUACAUUUCAUUCCUGUGGCAAGUGGCGGAUCUGGGGUGCAGCCUGAACAUGCCGCUGCUCCGGGACGGAUCGCGCGUCCUCAUGAAGCUCAUGCCUCCAGAUACCACUACAGUGGAGACCUUGCGGGCCAUCUGCCUGGACCACGCCAAGCUGGGAGAUAACAGCCUUAGCCCAACACUAGAUUCGCGCUUCUUUGGUCCUUCACCAUCUCAAGUGCUCUAUCUGACAGAGGUUGUAUAUGCGCUGCUCAUGCCUGCCAGUGGCACUCUUGGGGAAGAUGCCAGUGAUUUCCAGUACAACUUCUUAAAAAGCGGUGGGCUGCCCCUUGUUCUGAGCAUGCUGACCAGGAACAACUUCCUCCCAAAUGCCGACAUGGAGACGAGGCGGGGAGCGUACCUAAACUCCUUGAAAAUAGCCAAACUCUUAUUGACGGCGGUUGGCUUUGGCCACGUGAAGGCCGUGGCAGAAGCCUGCCAACCGGCUGGGGAAGGGACUGUGUCACCAAUAAACCAGGCUACCCACGACCAGGCUUUGGUUCUUCAGAGUGCCCUCCAGAACAUUCCCAACCCAUCUUCUGAGUGCAUGCUGCGUAACGUUGCCAUCCGGUUAGCCCAGCAAAUCUCUGAUGAGAACUUCUUCCAGGCUUCUAAGUAUAUCCCAGACAUCUCUGUGAUAAGGGCCGUGCAGAAGGUCAUCUGGGCUUCUGGCUGUGGCUCCGUGCAACUGGUUUUCAGCUCCAAUGAAGAGAUCAGCAAGAUAUAUGAGAAGACCAACGCAGGGAACGAGCCAGACGGCGAGGAUGAGCAGGUGUGCUGUGAAGCCCUGGAGGUGAUGACACUCUGCUUUGCCCUCAUUCCCACGGCUUUGGACGCACUUAGCAAAGAGAAGGGCUGGCAAACCUUCAUCAUCGACUUGCUGCUGCACUGCCAGAGCAAGUCUGUUCGUCAGAUGGCUCAGGAACAGUUUUUCCUCAUGGCCACGAGAUGUUGCAUGGGACAUAGACCACUCCUGUUCUUCAUCACCCUUCUUUUCACUGUUUUAGGUAGCACUGCAAAAGAGAGAGCCAAGCACGCGGGGGAUUACUUCACUUUGUUAAGGCACUUACUCAACUACGCAUACAACAGCAGUAUAAACCUACCCAACGCUGAAGUUCUGCUGAACAAUGAGAUUGACUGGUUGAAAAGAAUCAAGGAUGAAGUGAAAAGGACUGGCGAGACUGGUCUGGAGGAAACCAUUCUUGAAGGCCAUCUUGGGGUCACAAAGGAGCUGCUGGCGUUCCAAACACCAGAGAAGAAGUAUUACAUGGGCUGUGAGAAGGGAGGAGCCACCCUGAUUAAAGAGCUGAUCGAUGACUUCAUCUUCCCGGCAUCCAUCGUCUACCUGCAGUACAUGAAGAGUGGGGAGUUCCCGGCCGAGCAGGCCAUCCCUGUGUGCGGCACUCCCGCCACCAUCAACGCCGCCUUCGAGCUGCUGGUGGCGCUCGCCGUCAGCUGUGUGCGGAACCUCAAGCAGAUCGUCGACAACUUGACUGACAUGUAUUAUCUAGGUGGGGAAGGUCUUAGCGAAUGGGAAUACCUGCCCCCUGUGGGCCCGCGGCCCACCAAAGGUUUCGUGGGCCUGAAGAACGCGGGGGCCACCUGCUACAUGAACUCCGUGAUACAGCAGCUCUACAUGAUCCCACCUAUCAGGAACGGCAUCCUGGCCAUCGAGGGCACGGGCACGGACGUGGACGACGACAUGUCCGGGGACGAGAAGCAGGAUAACGAGAGCAAUGUGGACCCUCGUGAUGAAGUAUUCAGCUAUCACCACCAGUUUGAAGAGAAGCCUUCAGUCAGCAAGUCUGAGGACAGGAAGGAAUACAAUAUUGGUGUACUGCGCCACCUGCAGGUCAUAUUUGGACACCUGGCUGCUUCCAGAUUGCAGUACUAUGUGCCUCGAGGCUUCUGGAAACAGUUCAGGUUAUGGGGAGAGCCAGUUAACCUUAGAGAACAGCAUGAUGCCCUUGAGUUCUUCAACUCCCUGGUGGAUAGUCUGGAUGAAGCCCUCAAAGCACUUGGUCACCCAGCCAUGCUCAGCAAAAUCCUGGGGGGCUCCUUCGCUGAUCAGAAAAUUUGCCAGGGGUGUCCUCAUAGGUACGAGUGUGAGGAAUCCUUCACCACGCUGAACGUAGAUAUCAGAAAUCACCAGAACCUCCUGGAUUCCAUGGAGCAGUAUGUCAAAGGAGACUUGCUAGAGGGUGCCAACGCCUACCACUGUGAGAAAUGCAAUAAGAAGGUUGACACGGUGAAGCGUUUGCUUAUCAAGACGUUGCCCCCAGUGCUGGCGAUCCAGCUGAAGCGCUUCGAUUAUGACUGGGAGAGGGAGUGCGCCAUCAAGUUCAACGACUACUUCGAGUUCCCGCGUGAGCUGGACAUGGAGCCGUACACGGUGGCGGGAGUGGCCAAGCUGGAGGGCGAUGACGUGCACCCGGAGAACCAGGUGAUCCAGAACGAACCCUCAGAGAGUGAAGCCCCUGGUGGGUCAAAGUACCGACUGGUUGGUGUGCUGGUGCACAGCGGUCAGGCCAGCGGGGGGCACUACUACUCCUACAUCAUCCAGCGGAACGGCGGCGACGGCGAGCGGAACCGCUGGUACAAGUUUGACGACGGCGACGUCACCGAGUGCAAGAUGGAUGACGACGAGGAGAUGAAGAACCAGUGCUUCGGCGGAGAGUACAUGGGAGAGGUCUUCGACCACAUGAUGAAGCGCAUGUCCUACCGCCGCCAGAAGAGGUGGUGGAACGCCUACAUCCUGUUCUACGAGCGCAUGGACUCUUCGGAGCGGGAUGGAGAGCUGGUGAAGUACAUCACGGAGCUGACCAUCUCCGCCAGACCGCACCAGAUCAAGAUGCCAGCCGCCAUCGAGUGCAGCGUGCGCAAGCAGAACGUGCAGUUCAUGCACAACCGCAUGCAAUACAGCCUGGAAUAUUUCCAGUUUAUAAAGAAACUCCUGACCUGUAACAGUGUCUAUUUAAACCCACCCUCAGGACAAGAUCAUCUUUUGCCGGAGGCAGAAGAAAUAGCUCUGAUUAGUAUUCAGCUUGCUGCUAAGUUUCUGUUCAGCACUGGAUUCCACACGAAGAAGGUCGUUCGUGGUCCUGCCAGUGACUGGUACGAUGCGCUCUGCAUCCUGCUGCGUCACAGCAAGAACGUGCGCUUCUGGUUUGCACACAAGGUGCUCUUCGCGUAUCCCAAUCGCUUCUCCGAGUACCUGCUGGAGUGUCCCAGCGCGGAAGUGAGGGGCGCCUUUGCCAAGCUCAUCGUAUUUAUUGCACACUUCUCCCUCCAAGAUGGGCCCUGUCCUUCUCCAGUUGCCUCCCCAGGACCUUCCAGUCAGCAACAGGCCUGUGACAAUUUGAGCUUGAGUGACCACUUACUGAGAGCCGUGCUGAACCUGCUGCGGAGGGAGGUGUCUGAACACGGUCGUCACCUGCAGCAGUACUUCAACCUCUUCGUCAUGUACGCAAACCUGGGCAUGGCAGAGAAGACCCAACUGCUGAAGCUGAGCGUGCCAGCCACCUUCAUGCUGGUCGCCCUGGACGAAGGGCCUGGACCUCCCAUCAAAUACCAGUAUGCGGAGCUGGGCAAGCUGUAUGCUGUGGUUUCCCAGCUGGUGCGCUGUUGCGAUGUGUCAUCUCGCAUGCAGUCGUCGAUUAAUGGCAACCCCCCACUGGCAAACCCCUAUGGUGACCCCAACCUGUCGCAGCCCAUUCUGCCCGUGCAGCAGCUGGUGGCAGAGAUCCUGUUUGUGCGCACGAGCUACGUGAAGAAGAUCAUUGAGGACUGCAGCAACUCUGAGGAGACUGUCAAAUUACUGCGAUUCAGCUGCUGGGAGAAUCCCCAGUUUUCCUCCACUGUGCUCAGCGAGCUACUCUGGCAGGUGGCGUACUCCUAUACCUAUGAGCUUAGGCCGUACUUGGACCUACUGCUUCAGAUCUUGCUGAUAGAGGACUCCUGGCAGACCCACAGGAUCCACAACGCUCUGAAGGGGAUCCCAGAUGACCGCGAUGGCCUCUUUGACACCAUUCAGCGCUCCAAAAACCAUUACCAGAAGAGGGCCUACCAGUGCAUAAAGUGCAUGGUGGCACUUUUCACUAAUUGUCCAGUAGCGUACCAGAUCCUCCAGAGUAAUGGAGACCUGAAGAGAAAAUGGACGUGGGCUGUGGAGUGGCUGGGUGACGAGCUGGAGCGCCGACCGUACACAGGAAACCCCCAGUACACCUAUAACAACUGGUCGCCCCCAGUGCAAAGCAACGAGACCUCCAAUGGCUACUUCCUGGAGCGCUCACACAGUGCUAGGAUGACUCUGGCCAAGGCCUGCGAGCUCUGUCCUGAGGAGGAACCUGAAGACCAAGAAGCUCCAGAUGACCACGAUGCUUCACCCCCAGAAGACACCACACUGUACCCCCAUUCCCCAGGAACACAGUACCAACAGCAGAAUAACCACCCACACGGACAGCCGUACACAGGCCCCGCAGCACAACACGUGAACAACCCACCGCGCCCAGGCCAGCGAGCACAAGAGAACUGGGAGGCGACCGAGGAAACGGCCCCAGCCCAGCCUAAAGAAUAACCCCGGCUGCAGCGUCUCACCCCCAACGUCGCCGACGAGACACUGGAUCCAGGCAGAAGGCCAGCCCUGGCCUUUCACGUCAUUACCUCUCCAGGUCCCUUGUGCCCACAGUUCAACUCUUUUUGUAUUUUACCUGGAGUGGAAAGACUUGUCCGUCCUGCAGAGAAUUCCUGUCAUAAAAUACAAGCUUGCCUGCAGUGCGAAGUGUAUAGUGUUGUAAUAAACUGGGCCUGACGCUCUUGUGGAAACAGCAAAGGUGUAUAUAGUAUGUUGUUUGUCUCAGUUCCUACAGCAAGACUGUCUGUCUGCUGCUGGAGUUUCUGAUGUAUCGGAACAAAAAAAGACCUUUUGCUUUAUCACUUUGCUGGGCAGUUUGGGUCAGUUGUCAGUCACUUGUCAACCACUGUAACCAUGCCGAAUGGGCUCCGCUGCCUGAGUUGAUACGGGGUUUUUGGAAUGGCCGGGUUAACACUAUGACAUUUUCUCUUGUUGUGGAAAGUGAUUUGUUCUAGAAUUUUCAUUGCCUUUCUUUCAUUCGUUUUGAAACUCUAGUUAAUAUGUUGUAACAUUUUAGCAUGGCUUGACACCAGAUUUAGUGUGGCCAAAGAGAGACUCCUUACAGCACAGCAGCGGCCGUCUGAGUGCUCUGAAACGCCCUGUUUUUAUUUUUCUCGAUACGCGGACAGCAGUUUUAGGAACCAGCGUUAAGCAUGAGAGACUUCUUAGUUGCAUUUCUCUUCCCUGACAUUUUGUUGUUUAUGGUGGUACAAACAUGGUUUUCAUUGACAGGAACUGGGAAGAAAUAAUAUUUCUAGCUGUUCUUUUCCUUUAAGCCUUCUAGGUUAACUCCUAAUUACCACCGUGUCACUUCAGCCCAGAUGAAGGGUAAGCCAUCUGAAGUGUAUAUACCUAAUCCUCUCAUGUGGUCUGGUGUGAAGGCCCAUCAGCCAUGGGAAAUGCACAUGAACAGCGUUGUGGGAUUACUGCUGGUUAGUGAAGGGCAACCGUUAGAUGUGUUGCAAAGUAUCAUUCGUUAGGAUUUAAGGAUAAUGGUAAGUACUGAAUUUUGAUUGGUAACUUGAAAGUGGUCAUUUUGUCUAAAGUACCAAAAACCUUAAGCCCCACAACCUUUAUUUUGCUAUUUUAUUUUAGAGGGAUUAUUUUGCUGAAUUGUGGAAAAAAAAAUAUUGAGGAAUAUUUUGUGUUAUUUUUUAAAGAAAAAACUGACUGUACAGAAAUCUCCGCCUUGUUUUGCCGACUUUUGUUUUGGCCAUGGUGACGUUGAAUUCUGGAUUUACAGUUGCAAUGUGCUUUUUUUGUGCACAAACGAAACAAAAAACAAACUUUGCGCCCCUUAGCAAGAAUAAAGUAAACAAUACUGACAUCGUAACGGUCUCAUUUUAUUUAUAGUAUGUUGUAAAUACUUCAUACAGGUAGAAAUGUAACAAAUGGCAACGUCUUAGUGAAUUUUCAUAGGUGGCGAGCGACAAAUGGAAGGGGGCAUGCAAUGGCGGCAGAAGACACCAUUUGAAAGUGUGUGAAUUUGCAAAAAGUUUAGCCUAAGUUUGCCAAAUCCAAACCAGUGGCCUAUAUUGUUUCUUACUGUGCUGUAGAGGCCUAAGGAAGAGUUGGCUUCCUAAGCGCAAUGCAUCCUGGGAAAGGCCAAGCAGCAACCAUAGGAAGACAUUGGACAACCCACAGGGUGUACUGGUGCAAUGUUGUACUGGUUGUACAGAGACUGGAGCCCUACUGCUAAUGCACUACAGGCCUUUGUCCUUUUGCAUUCUUCCUUCAGGGGACAAAAACUCCACUUGCCUGUAAGGUCUUAGCAUUGUCUUUUUUAUCAUUUUGUUUUUUUUUUUUAAUAGAAUAAUUUUUGACACUUUUGUUUUCAAUAACUCAAAGUUCUUGUGAAACAUGCAUGAUUAAUAAAAUCCCAUGAUCUGCCUUAGAGCACUGUACAAACCCAAUACACUGUAAAAUUCUACUUUUAAAAAGAAAAUAAAUAGUAUUUCAAUUAA